ACCACGAUAAGCUGGGAGUAUCGAUUAAGAACUUUUAUUUACAUUUAUCAGUUUUGCUAUUCAUUCUUAUGUUUCUUUAUUUCUUGCAAAAUUGUAGUAUCACUACCCUUAAUCCUUAAAAUAUAUGUCUAACUUUAAGAUUUUAAUUGUUUGGUGUCGAAAUUUUAGCUGUGAAAAUGAGCCGCACUUAUGAAUUCGGUAUAAAUUGGUUUCAUCCUGGACUUUCAAGGGAGACUGCUGAAAAAUUGUUGUUAAAUGAAUGCACUGAGGAUGGAUCUUUUUUAAUACGGGAAUGCAACUCGGCAGUAGGCGAUUUUGUUCUUACACUCUUACACCAGAAUAACGUGUGCCAUUAUCAGAUCCGAAGGCAUGGUGGGGAUGCCUUUUUUUCAAUAGAUGAUAAAGUAAAGAUUUUACAUGGCCUAGAAUCACUAGUUGAAUUUUAUCAAAUGGCAUCAAAUGGACUGCCGACAAAACUGACAACCUUCGUUAAGAAAGAUUUGCCUCCAAACGAUGCUCGACGACAUGGAAGUACUAAUUUGCUUCAUCGGGCAACAAAAGAAAAUAAUGCAACUAUUGUUGGAGAGUUAUUGAAAUGUGGGUACCGCAAUGUGGAUGCUAAGAACCAAGAUGGUCAAACUGCCUUGCAUUUGGCUGCUAUUCAUAGCGAUGAUGUUAUACUAAAACUUAUUCUUGCAACCGAUGUCAACGUAAAUUGCAUGGAUGCUUUUGGUAAUAUGCCACUUCAUUAUGCUUGCCGUACGAAACCAGAUUUUUUCAUACGUAAUUUGAUUGACGCAAAAGCGAAUGUGCAGGGAAGGAACAUUAAAAAUGGUUAUGUACCUCUGCAUGAAGCUUCGAAGCAUGGAAAUCUGGAGGCAGUUAAAGUGUUAUUAGAAUCAAAUGCGCCGCUGUUACCACGUACAACUUCGGGAGAAUUCCCAAUUGAUUUAGCCCGCGAAGCUGGCCAAGAUGCUGUUGUAGAUUUCUUAAGCGAAUUUAAAUUGCCAGCCGCAAAAACUAAACGAAGUUUAUGGUAUCACGGUACAUUAACCAGAGAGGAGGCAGUUGAUAGCUUACAAAGGUUUAUGAGAAAUGCUAAUCUAUCAUUAAAAGAAAAAGACAAAGAUAGGGAGAUAUCUUCAGAUAAUGAAGUAGCAAAAGAGGAAAGUCCAGUUGAUAGCUCCGGCUGUUUUUUGAUACGUUACUCUGAUCGGUCCGGCUACGUUCUAACACUUUUGUUCGAGGGACAGGUCAAAAACUUCAUAAUUUCCAGAUCGUCAAAGUAUUUUUAUAUUGAUGAAGGACCAUUUUUGCCUACUUUGGAGCAUCUGGUAGAACAUUUUAUGCAUUUUAAUGAUGGUCUUCCAAUUAACUUAAAAUAUGCAGUACCUCCAGAACCAAAACCGCCACAGCCACUGCUUUCCACACUUCCUCGAAAUAAAAGCCAUAAUAAGAAGCUAAACAAUACCAAUGUCACAACUGACAAUACUGGCGUAGCAGAAACGGUUCCAACUGCUCUCGUAUCUAAAAAAAUCAAAUCAAACGCGAAAUCACCACCAGAGAAAAAACGUAAAGAUACUGCAAAUGUAAUACUAAGCAAUUUUUUAAAAAUUAAAUUAAAAGAUCCGGCAAACUCAGACGAGAAACCUACGUCAACUGUGGAACCUGGAAUAUCACAACGUAUGAUAGAAGAAUUUCCUUGUAAAGGGUUAUCGUUUUCUUCAAAUUUUAGCGAGCUUAGCGUAGAAAAAUUGAAACUCGAUGCGAAUAGUGCGGAUGUAAACAAAGUCUCCGCAUUGAAUGAAAUGUACAACGUACCUAAAAAUAAUACAGCAGUACCAACUCAUGAUGGCAGUGAAACUGUAUUGUCCUACCAAGGCACAAAAUAUCAGGACAAAGAUAUAGGCCCUGAUGACAGUUAUACAAAUCGGCCGAACCGGGGAGAAAAUGAAAUUCCUAACACUGAUGAUGACCACUCAAAGCUGAAUAACAAAAUUAUAAGCGAUAGCUUUGAAGGUCUACAUAUUAAUAACACACCUAAGAACAUUAGAGAGAACGCAUGUUUUGAUACUUCAUCUAUUUCUUCGCCGCAAAGUGAUAUCUUCAAUUAUUUUAGUGUUGAUGUCGCGAACUACUAUAUUCCAUAUGAUAAUAUAGAAUUAGGAGAGCUUAUUGGAGAAGGUGAAUUCGGGUCUGUCUAUCGCGGACGCCUGAAAGAAUACAACCCUGGAAUUAAUGACAAUUUUCAAGAAGAAAUAGCAAUAAAGACAUUGCGCGAUGAACAUUGUCAUUAUAGUAAAGAUGAUUUUUUACGUGAAGCCUCUGUGAUGAUUCGUUUAAAACACCAUUGUAUAGUCCAGUUAAUUGGUCUGUCUAAAGCAGAUACUUUGAUGAUGAUUCAAGAAAUGGUGCCUCUAGGAUCAAUGUUAAGCUUCAUUCAAAACAAUCGCGAAAGGAUUGAUCCAAAUCGCGAAUUGAAACUAUGGGCUUCGCAAAUAGCUUAUGGUAUGCAAUACUUGGAGUCUCAGCAUUUUGUGCAUCGUGAUUUGGCAGCUCGUAAUAUCCUCCUAGCUUCGUGUCAUCAGGCCAAAAUAAGCGACUUUGGCUUAUCUCGGGCGCUAGGUUCUGACAAAGAUUUCUAUGAAGCACAGCAUGGUGGCAGAUGGCCUAUAAAAUGGUAUGCACCAGAGAGCUAUAAAAUUGGAAUAUUUUCACAUUCAAGUGAUGUAUGGUCCUAUGGCGUAACAUUAUGGGAAAUGUUUUCACUGGGUGAAACUCCUUACGGCGAUAUGCUCGGCUCUGAAGCGGUAAAUUUAAUUGAAGAUGGUAAACGCCUUUCACAGCCAACGUAUUGUCCAGAUAAUGUCUAUAGCAUUAUGGAAAAUUGCUGGCAAUAUAAUCCAAAAGAUCGGCCCACUUUUAAUUUUUUAACUGAGUUUUUUAUAAAGGAUCCAGACUACCAAAAUAUCAUUGAAUUAGUUAAGUCAAAGAGUAUUAGAUGAGCUAAAUAUUAAUGUUUAAGGUAUAUCAAUUUAUUAUGGCCCAUAUGUUUUUAUCAGCCUUUAUACACGGAAGUCAAGAGUGUCUGCUAUUAUAGAUCAUUAAACAUAAAAUAUUUUACAGUAACAUUUUCCAUGCAGCGAAAAAUUCUACUCAACAAGGCCAAUGGCAAAUAAAUUCUACAUUUGUAAAGUCUUCCACUUUUAAAGUAAAAUAUAGAAAUAUAUAGCGAAUAGGUCAUAUGUAUACAUUUAUUAAAUGUUCUUUAGCUUUUAUAAUCUGAUUACUGAUAACAUGGAAUGAGUUAUUUUUUUUUUUAAUAUUUCACAAUGAAAUUAAAUUUUUCAUUACUAUUUUUUUGACUUUAUGGCACUACAGACGAUAUACAACAUAAGCCAUAUUUUAAAUAGUCUCAAACAUUUAUACGCGAGUGUAAUUAUUCAUACAUUUUAUAUGUAAUAAAAUAAAACACUAAUUUGAACAAAUUA